GAGGCCUACGGGUUCCAGGUUUGGAGCUUUGCUUCCGGCCGCCCGGAAGGUCGGCGGUUCGGUCCCAGCGUCCCAACGAUUCUUGAGUUUCUUUAUCUGUCCCGCGGGCGCGGCCGUUGCAGGCAGCGCGGCCCGCACGCGCGGGGCGAAUCUGCCGGGACGAAUCGGCAGGCGUGGCGCCGGCGGCCUCGCGAGAGUGCGGUGCAGACGGAGGCGGCGCGACGGGCCUUGCGGGCUAAGGGCCGCGGGCGGAGAGCGGACUGCUGAGCGGCUGGGGGGCCGGUGGGGCCCCGCGGCUCCAACAUGACGGGCCGCGUCUGCCGCGGCUGCGGCGGCACGGACAUCGAGUUGGAUGCGGCGCGCGGCGAUGCGGUGUGCACGGGCUGCGGCUCGGUGCUCGAGGACAACAUCAUCGUGUCCGAGGUGCAGUUCGUGGAGAACAGCGGCGGCGGCUCGUCGGCGGUCGGCCAGUUCGUGUCGCUGGACGGUGCUGGGAAAACCCCAACCCUAGGUGGUGGCUUUCACGUGAACUUGGGAAAGGAAUCAAGAGCACAGACCCUGCAGAAUGGGCGGCGCCACAUCCACCACCUGGGGAGCCAGCUGCAGCUGAACCAGCACUGCCUGGACACAGCAUUCAAUUUCUUCAAGAUGGCUGUAAGCAAGCAUCUUACCCGAGGACGGAAAAUGGCCCAUGUGAUUGCUGCCUGCCUCUACUUGGUUUGCCGAACUGAAGGCACACCUCACAUGCUCCUUGACCUCAGCGACCUGCUCCAGGUUAAUGUGUACGUGUUGGGGAAGACGUUCCUGCUCUUGGCGAGGGAGCUUUGCAUCAACGCACCAGCUAUAGACCCAUGCUUGUACAUUCCACGCUUUGCUCACCUGCUGGAGUUUGGGGAGAAGAACCAUGAAGUAUCCAUGACAGCCCUGAGGCUUCUGCAGAGAAUGAAAAGGGAUUGGAUGCACACAGGCCGGCGCCCCUCCGGCCUCUGUGGAGCAGCACUUUUGGUUGCAGCCAGAAUGCAUGACUUCCGGAGAACGGUCAAAGAAGUCAUCAGUGUGGUCAAAGUAUGUGAGUCCACACUACGGAAGAGGCUCACAGAAUUUGAAGACACUCCAACCAGUCAGCUCACUAUUGAUGAGUUUAUGAAGAUUGACUUGGAGGAAGAGUGCGACCCUCCCUCGUACACAGCUGGCCAGAGGAAGCUGCGCAUGAAGCAGCUGGAACAGGUCCUGUCAAAAAAGCUAGAAGAAGUUGAAGGUGAAAUAUCCAGUUACCAGGAUGCCAUUGAAAUUGAGCUAGAAAACAGCCGACCAAAAGCAAAAGGGGCUCUGGCCAACUUGUCAAAGGAUGGCUCCGGUGAGGACGCCACAUCCAGUCCCCUCUGUGAGGAAGACACCGAGGAUGAGGAGCUGGAGGCUGCCGCCAGCCACAUGAACAAGGACUUUUACCGAGAGCUCCUCGGGGACCAUGGCGGCUCGGAGGCAGCAGGAGACCCUGAUGGGGACAGCAGACCCCUCGCCCUGGAGUCCCUACUUGGUCCCCUGCCCACAGCAGCCAGCCUGGGCAUCUCCGACUCCAUCCGAGAGUGCAUCUCCUCCCCAAGUGGGGACCCCAACUCUUCAGGGGACGGGGAGCUGGACCUCAGUGGCAUUGAUGACCUUGAGAUCGACAGAUACAUCCUGAAUGAGUCAGAAGCCCGAGUUAAAGCUGAGUUGUGGAUGCGGGAGAAUGCUGAGUACCUGCGGGAGCAGAAGGAGAAAGAAGCAAGAAUAGCGAAGGAGAAGGAGCUUGGCAUCUAUAAGGAGCACAAGCCCAAGAAGUCUUGCAAACGCCGGGAGCCAAUCCUGGCCAGCACAGCUGGGGAAGCUAUUGAGAAGAUGCUGGAACAGAAGAAAAUCUCCAGCAAGAUCAACUACAGUGUGCUGCGGGACCUUAACAGCAAGGGUGGAGGCAGCCCACCCAGGGACGACUCACAGCCCCCAGAGCAUGCCAGCACCAAGAAGCUGUCACGGAGGAAAAGAGCAAGUACCAGAAAUAGUGCUGAUCCUGGAACAAGCACAGGGAAGAGGUUGAGGCCUCUGGUGUCUGCCCAGCCGGCUAAAAAGGCAGCUGUGGGAGAGGCCUUACUCUUAAGUUCUCCUGCCUUGGGAGCAGAGCCAAUCAAGCCAUCAGCAGUCUUGGUAGAGAGUGGCCCUGUGUCGUACCAUCCUGAGGAGGAUGCAGAUGAGGAGGAUGCCGAGGACGAGGAUGGAGAGCCCUGCGUCAGUGCUCUGCAGAUGAUGGGUGGCAAUGAUUACGGCUGUGAUGGUGAUGAGGAUGAUGGCUACUGAGUGGAACUCAAGGCCAGGCAGCGUCCUGGUGCUGGACUCCAAGUGUAUCUGUUUUAUGGGUGUCAGAUGGGCCCUGGGGCCAUGGCUCAUAGGAAUGAUUUCUGAGACUCUACCAGUCAAGCACUGCCCCACUUAUUUGAAGCUCUCUUCCCGUGGCUACAUUGUGGACCAUUGUACUUACUAUUGGGAAUCAUGUUUUGAGCAAUGUAAGGGAUAUUUUUGCCCAGCAAGGGAAACUAGCUGUGUGUUUAUGUGUAAUGAAACAUGGUCAGAGAGUAGCUGGGUGUGGAUCCCACUUUAUGGCCUAGCCUGCUAGUGACUGUUUACCAGGAAUCCCCAGGCAGGCACUGUGUCCUCCAGUCAUUAGGAAAUUGAAGCACAAGGGCUUCAGUCAAGAAGUCGAGCCCUGCUCUUAGCCUGCUGCCAGUGUUCUCUGCCCUAUCCUUCCCAUCCUGGAGAGAGGUAUUAAGCAAGAGACCUGUGGCAGUUAUUUCUCUAUACUAGGCAACCAUAGUCUGGAGUCUGUGCCUUUAACUUCACACCAGCUUCCUUCAGGCAGGAUGCUCCCUACCGUUCCCGGUGUCCAUUCGCUGUCUUGAACCGCCCAGAGCAUCUUAGGCCUCAGCCUCCUGCUUAGGACGAGUCCUUGCGGCUACCUAGUAGCGUCUUAGUGAGGUUUAUCAGCAGCACCCAGGAAGUGAGACCAGCAGGCCAUGCACACCUGUGUGCAGCUUCCUGUUGAUGUCUAGCACAGUCUGUGUGGAGUUCUGGCCCUGCCCCAUCAGUUAGAAUGAACCUUUAGUCCUCCUGCACAGAACCCUCUGCCAAGAAGCCUGCAAGCUGUCUCCUGGGCCUCUUCAUGAGAAGGUCUACAGAGUGCCCUCGGUGCAGUUAACUCCUGCCUCCCUUUCCUGGAUGCAGCCUUGGAUGCAGACUACUUGACUUUCAGAUGAGGAGGUGGGGGCCAGGCCUGAGGUGGUGAGUUGUGGCAGCUGCAGAUGAGAGUGGAUGGGUCAGACAGGUAGGAAGUGAUUUUGACGAAAAGACUGCAAGAUGCUCUGGGAUUGUGUAUGGGGAUAUGGAACCAGGCUCAAAGGCCCUUCCCAGAAGUGAGAUCAGAACUGUGGUAGGGGAGAACAGUUUUAGUAUGUUUGUACGUUUUUAUACAGCAGGACUUGCCUGUGGCAUGGAGAGAGUACAGAGUGAGGGGUGGGAGGUGGGAGCUCAGGAAAAAGAAACAAGUGCCCUGGGAGAAGAAGUGGGAGGAGGCCUGCUCCCCAGCUGUGCCUUGUCUGCCCAGGAGCCAGCAGGAGGAAAGGUCUGGAAAAUGAGCAAGGGCCGGGAAGGCUGGAGCGCUCUUGUAAGGUAGUUAGUUGAGUUGCUCACUACCACAGAUAGAGUUAGAACACUGGGGCGGAGGGAGGUGGACAGUGCUGAGUAAGGACAGUCCGUAGAAGAUAGGUGAGUAGCAAAGUGUGUGUGUCCGUGUCCUGAAAUGUGGGACCUGGGUUGGGGAGACCCACGUGCUGAGGAGGAAGGGCCCAGUAGGGGGCAGCCGUGAAGUGGGCAGGAUGCUUCUGAGCUGAGGUCAUAGCCUUGUGUUUGUGCUCUGAGCAGCACUAGUGUGAAGCUCAAGGAGCGCUGGGUCUGUGACUCCACUGUGCCUGCAGUUAGUCCAUCUCUCUCUCUGCUCUCUUCUGACUGGGAUUAUCCUCCUGCCUGCAGUCUUCUCAGAGUGCAGAGCAGUGCCUCAGAUAGCCUCCUGGGAAGAACUAGUCCUCACCACAUUGGACCUUAGAAGAGGGAAUUAGGAAAUGAGGGAGUCCAUUGGAUCCUGGAUUCUAGACUGAGACUCUGUGUGGUGUGUGUGCACACUUGAAUGCUGAGCAGACAGGAUAGCCUAUAUCUCCCAGCCUCCUCUGCCUCUGUCUUCCUGCCAGUAGCAGGGAGGUGCAGGGGACACUACAUGUAUGGUACCCCAUCCAAGUUUCUUGCCAGCCCCCUGAACUGAGGAGCCUAGUACUUCAUGGUUGCCACCAUCCUCUGCAAACUGAGUGAUCACUGGGUUCCUGUAAACCUAGACAUGUGAGGCUUGGCAGAGCGUGUGUCUGUCUUUAGAGGGAACUGGACCACAGAAUGAGAGGUCACAGCCAUGCAAGGCUGUGAGGCACUGUUCCCACUUGGAGCUGUUCCCUCCUGAGCUAUUGUACCCAUUGAGAAGCUUGUCCAGCCUGCCCUGGACCUGGGUUUUCUGAUUCAGGUGCUUUGUCCUCUAUACACUACUGAGCAGGAGUGGAACAAGCCCUGUGUGGGGUGGGGGUGGGGCACUCCUUUUAUACAUAGUUAGAAGGUGGAGACUGAGGUUUGGCCACAUCCUUUGCCCAGAUACCUGUCUAGGACCAGGGGAUGGAUACACCUUGACAGUGUGAGAGAAUACGUGGAGUGGGCAUGGAUCUAGCUGGAUAGAUCUUUGCCUCUGUAGAACCUCUAGAUGGUAGGUACCCUACAAGAAACUCCAGAGACCAGGGAAGCAGGGCCUCAGUGGUGUUGGUGAGGAAGUGGAGUAGUGGGGUACGUACAUCUUAGGAUACCUGUUAGACCCAGAAAUUCUCUCUGGCCUCCCUUCUAAGAGGUGUAGAGCAGGAGUUAAAUAAAGGGAGACUGUUCGGUACCCCCUGGAGAUUGCUUCCUGCAUGAUGGAUAGCCUAGGUUCUAAUUGCUUUCUUCUCAGCACAGAGCAGUAGAGCUCUGGGUGCUCAAGUGUGCACACCAGACAGGGUCCCAAUCUAAAACCAGGAUCCAAUGGACUCCCUCUUUCUCUCUUUCCCUUUUCCAAGGCCAACUCAGGAGCUGUGGACAAUGGACUUUUAGGCAGUAGCUGGAACUGGGUCUAGGGUGGUUUCUUGGGAGUCCUUCCAGUCUAGUGAGCCAAUCCUGGGCCAGCCCCUGGAAGGCCUUGACUUUAGUGAAGAGAUCCAUCUUCCCCUAAACCCCAUGAAUUGCUAGAGCCGUAAUUUGCUGUAGGCCCCCAACCCUGCAGCCCCACAGCCCCCUCCACAAGCCCAUACAACCUCUGGGCCUAUGCCAGAAUCCUACCUAAGUCAGUGUAGAGGGGAGUAUCUGACUUCCUUAGCCCAAGUCUUAGGGUGUAACCCAAAUCUUGGGCCUCUCUUGGGCACAGAAGAAGCUUUGUGCUCGUUGGGACAAAACGCCUGCUUGGCUUUUCCCCAGUCUAGCCCAUUUCAGUGACUGCUGGGGUGGGAGGGACCAAGGAAGCCUCCGCAUGCACCCCAGAGUGAGGGGUGGCUGUACCCAGGUGGCAUAUGUACACAAUACAGGUUAGUGUUGCAUAUGGCUAUGGUGCUGUCUGUUGAGGGUGCCCCCACUUUAACCUGUUGGGGCUUCCUUCCUGUCCUAUUCCUCUGCACCUUAUUCCAACCUCCUGAAGCUUGUGUGGCCCUCUGCACCCGCAUCUGCAUCCUCCAAGGGUGCAGCGGCCCAGCCAUGGGCAACAAACAAGCUAACUCAAAAAAGCCCUGGAUAGCCCUGCAUGGGAGCACCCUAGAGGAGGUAGCCUGCUCCCGAGGUCCUAGAAACCUGCUUAUCCCUGUCAGUGCUGGGGUUUUCAUAUGACCUAUAAGGUGGUGUGCCUUACCCCGGAGGCAAGCGAGCAGGAGUCUAGUCACUCAUGAGAGUGUACACUUAAGAAAGUAGCUGCUUGAGCCUCCCCUGGUGGUCUAGGCCUAGAUGGGGUUUAAUAUUCAGUACCAUUGCUUUGUGAGUCAGACCAGAGCCCACGGCUAACAAGCUUUUUUAGCUUAUACUGCCCUGGACCAGUAAACACUGGGGGGUGGGGGUGACAGCUAGGCAGAAAUGGAGAAGGCAGACCUUGGCACUGAACCGCAGAGGUACAGGACUUACUGAUACAUCAGUUAUUUGCAGUGAAUAGAUGUAAUUGGCCACAAGCCUGGGCUUGCACCCUCUGGUGGCUGUGUGCAGUACUACUUUCUGAAGGCCCUUACUGGACAUACUCUAAACAGUCAGCACAGACCACGGGUGCUUUCACUGCUUGGGCAGUGCAGCAGACUGGCCCCAUCACUGCUCCACCCCUACCCUGCAGUCCCAUAAAUAGGGGGUACCCCGAACCAGCCAAGCUUAGUGGGAGGACUGGCGGAGAUAUGAGCUAGCACACAGCUCCCAGAGCAACACAUGUUCAAGGCUUUUUUUUUGUCCUCAGGUUCUUGCCCUACAGUCAGCACCCUCCAACACAGUGGUUCUCAACCUGUGGACAGAACUUUGGGGGUGAGACGACCCUUUCACAAGGGUCACCUGAGACCAUCGGAAAAUACAGAUAUUCAUGAUUCAUAAUUAUAAAAUUUACAUAAUUACAAAGUUACAACUAUGUAGUAUCAAUGACUGUAAUGUCUGGGGGUCACCACAACAUGAGGAACUGUAUUAAAGGGUUGCAGCAUGGGGAAGGUUGAGACCCAGUUCUCUAACCCUUAUCCUUAUCUCUACCCUGUUCACAGGACUCAGCCACUCUGCAAAAAGUACCCUUGCCUCUUAGGGGACAUUGAGGUA